CCCGCGAGCCCUGCCUUUAGUGCCUUGUCCUGCUCUCGAGCCCAUUCUUCACGCUUGUACAUUCGUUACUGAAGCCUGCCUUUGUAAGAACACGAUGACUGUUCCCGACGCGUUCUCCGACGGCAAGGUGUCAGACAAGCCGUACUUUGGUCGUUUGAUGAAAGUAGGUCUUUGCCUCAUGGUGCUUGUGCUUAUGGUCGGAGCUACAGUAUUGAGCGCGAGAAUUCUGGGGCGGACUGAAAAGGAAGCCCUGAAGCAGAUGGACGAGAGAACCCGGACUACUCACUGCGUAAUGGACGAGGCUAGGGCGAAGCCGAUCAUUUGCAUGUAUGAACGGGGUCGCGUAUCGCCAGACUACCUGGUCGUGGACAUCCCGGUCCACAUAUGCAGGCACGUAGUUUACUGCUGCGUGCAGCCGUACAAGCGCGACUGGAUGGUCUCUCACAUGGAGGAAACGCGCAUUUUCGGUUCUCGCCUGGAAGCUCACAUGGCCAGCUCUUUCCGUUACUUGGGCAUCGGCGGCAGGGACGUCAGCUACGAGGCACUUGACUACGAGCUACGAAGCCCAAAAAGCAUGGACGUCUUCAUUCAGGACGUUAUCGCUUUUGCACUGAACUCCAAGUUAACGUCAGGUGUCGCGUACUUUGUUCCUUUGCCUUCGAAGCUACGAACCGACAAGUUACUCCAAGAGCUUGCCCUGAAUACUGUUAAAGCGCUUUCCAGCUACCAAGGUCAGACAGUCAUCGUCAUCCUGCCAGAACACGGCUAUGACGUAAUUCGUCAUUUUGACGCAUCCAGUUUUUCUCACGACCGUCUUCUCAUGGUUAUGCCAAGUCACAAUAUGGAUCCGAGAAACAGAAGUGUACCUGUAGCCACAUGUUCCUCUCCAUACCGUGCACACACGUUAGGACAAUCACUAGAGACGACAUUCCUUGAUUUGAAAGCGCGUUACUUCGACACUUGGCAUCAAGUUGAAUCGCAUUUGCUUUUUACUUUUUCCUUAGCCUGGUACGUAUUUCAGCUUUAUAACGUGCAUAAUGCCACAGCUGGUGCGCCGGCGUUUUACACACGGAGUACGUCGUACACGGAGGCUUGCGAGAUGGCCUCCGAUUCCAAAUUCAUACAGGACAGAGAUGAUGAAACAGACUGUCUCAUCAUUCAUGACAACACAGGCCAUUGGAUGUCAGGACUCGACUUAUCGAGCGGAGGGUUCUGCAGGGCACACAGAGAGAUACGAGGACUGGUUGUGUUUGAUAUUGAUAUGGACGAUUACAGAGGGAACUGUAUGCAUCACAAAUAUCCUCUCCUGCAGACGUUGAGUGAUGUGUUUAACGAAGGUACAGUAUGACGAAACGUACACUCGCUAUGAAUAAAUUGCACAAUUCUA